AUUCAAAUGACCUGGGUUAGAAUAGGGUCAGGUAGAGCCGUAGGAGAUUUGUAUUGUAAUGCUGAUAGGAUAGGAUUAGUCAACCCGGUUUAUGUGACAAUGUAUUGAAUAGAACUGGGCUAAGUUUAGAUUAAGUCGGUACUUAGCGCUGUGUGUUUGUGUGUGUAUUGGAGGUGGCUGUAGAUAGUGUAGGCAGGCAUUUAGUCUGGCAUCGGUCAGAGUGUAGUCUGGUUUAAUGCAGAAGCAUACCAGACUGGUGUGUUCUUCGGAUGUGUUAACUUGCUAUGUGUUACAUGUGUUACAAGUUAUUCGUGGUGUUUUGCUGAUUCAUUAUGUUUGGAUAGGAGUCAGUUCUUACCAUCAGUGGAGAGGACAAUUUAUUCAUGUGUUACGACAGUGUAUGUUUGAUAUCAGCAGAUGUGUUAGCUCAAAGAUAGGUGAUUUCACACCCAGUGUUUAGCAGUUUGAUGCACCUGCAGCUACCCUGCUGACGUUGUGUUAAUGACGAAGUUCAAGGGUUAGUUAUUCAUGGUUAACACCUAAGUUACCAAGAUUACAGCUGGAUUCAAUAAACUGUUGUGUGGAUUUUAUGAAAAUUACACUUUUUACAGGUCAUCUUCAGUACCUGUGCGGCGAAGACACUAAUUUCUCCGUCAUUUUAAGAAUUGAUUUUGAGAUCGUCCGAAAUGCAUCACCUGCCACAGGGAUACCAACAAAUUCAGAUGGCAGAUCUGACAAAAAUGCGAGAGAGGACAGAAAAUUUUACAAAUGAAGAAAAAUGGACGUUGUUAGCCAUAGUUAAGAAAUUUGACUUAGUGUACACUAUUGACAAUCAGAAAUGUGAUACUCAAGCAAUCGGCGAGAAAAAAGCUGCGUGGAGGUUUAUUGCAGAUCAUUUCAACGUUCACUGCACAAGUAAGAAGCCACGCAGCAUGUUACAUUUGAAAGAUCUUUGGAAGAGACUCAAACAGAAGUGCAGACGAGUUAUGGUUCGUUUCCGAGCACUAGCGGCACUGGACGGUGGUGAGAGUUUACAACCUUAUGACAUUCCGGAUGACAUAACACGAUUUCUGGCGGAAAUGAUCGGCGAGGAAGCACCGCCAAUUCUGAAUCCUUUAGAAUUGCCAAAAGGACUUCUCGACAUUGAUGUCGACGUGAAGCCAGACCUAGAGAAGUUGCAGCAGUAUUCUCAGAUGGCGCCACCAGAUACACCGCAGUCGGUGAGCUCUACUGAUACUAACAUUGACGACAGUUCCAAUACAUUCCCAACCAACCUGAUCAAAAUCAAUUCUGAGAUUGCUGACUACGAGUCCCAGCAGGAACAAGCUACGACAGGCCAGGCUUUGAAGGAAGAGGUCAGCAGCGAUGGGAUAGGAAAGAUAUCGGCUGUGUCUUCGAUUGCUGAUAUGAGCCCCUCGGGUUUGGAUGAUGAUCAAUCACAGGAAAAUGAAGGACUGAACUUUUUUGUGAAGAUGGAGAAUGCACCCAACAUGGCUGCUUCUACCACUUUAGUUUCACUUGCUGCCUCGGUCCCAAGGCCAGGGUCUGGGUUGAGUGCAUGUGGUAUGCAGGGAGCUAAACGCCCUAGGUUUGAGAGAGAUACGCUGCAGUCCCAUGUGCGGAUUCCUACACCUUUGUCUCAUCCUGUUGAGCAUCGGAGUGAUGCUAUUGGUCGUCCCCAAGAUGACAUUCAGCCAGAAAUUCUCCAUAUGAGACGUUUAGAACACGAUGAGAAAAUGUCAAAUUUGAAACGACAGAAAAAGAAUGUGAGGUUGGAGAAAAAAGUGAUGAAACAGCGAUUACGAAACCUCCAAGCAGAAAAUAAAGUGACUAAGUUACGCACUGCCAUACUGAAACUUGAAAAACAAAAACUGGAGUUGGAAUUAAAGUCUAAAUCAGAUUGAAAAAGUGUUUGAUAAUCUGGAGCUUUUGCAGUGAGAUAAUGUGACUGGUACUUUUGUUGCCAGUAUUCAGGUUGUUUUUUUGGAAACAUUGCACAGUAUCUGAUAAACUUGAUCUUGUCCCAAUCAAACCUGGCAGUUGCCUUUGCCCUGGACGGCAAUAACAAAUUACAUGGAUUAACCAGUUGACGCAGCCAACCUUCCCUAAUGCCCAAGUAAUUGGAGUUUCGAAUGUAGGGAAUACAUCCGCUCGUUGAUUUUUAUGAAGUCAUUGCUGGGAUGUGGCAGUGGUAUCACCAAGUUAUUAUCUUCCUCAUUUAGUGCAUUGGGACAUGGACGGAGUGCAAAUGCAGUUGAGUGUAGGUUAUGCAUUAGACUUUUUGCAACGAGGCUGGAGAUUUUAUUGCACUCUGUGUGCAGUUACUUUUAGUGAUAAAUUGUUUGGUGCAACUGGUGAGCAUGGAGUCGGUGGCAUGAAUAACAAGGAAGACAUCCUUUAUAGCUGCAUCCAUCCGCUAUCAGCUAGGAAGAUGGCUUUGGUCAAGAAGAUGCUCAAGUGAUAAAAUGUUGUUUGCCAAUAUUACCACACUCCCACGUAUCUUUGCUCAACAUCCGGACGGGAAUUGACAUGUCUGGUUCAUCUCUGGUCAGGAAAACUUCCAUCUUGUCCGAUAUGCGUGGACUGGUUUGUGGACGAUCUAGCCCAGUAUACUAGCCUUUCGACUGUGUUAUUCACUUUAGAAUUAAAUAGCCCAAGGGCUGAGUCUUAUUUGAAGAUGGCCAAGUCUGGUUCAUGCUCCUGGCUUCUGCAACUUUGAUCUUGUCUGGAAUCUAUAAGCUUGCAUAUCUUGCUAGGUCAGUGCUCUGCCUCAGCUUUGGAAGAUAUAGACAGUGACAGGAUGGUGGAAGGUUUUGGUGGGUUAAAUCAAAAUAUUCCAAUUCAUAUCGUUGGAAUAUAUCUAUAAUUGGCUCUUCUCAUUUCAUGCUCCAUCUAAAAUUAAUUCUGUCCCCCAAACUUCUAAGGUUGAAUUUCACUCAUGUUAAUUAACUUGAAAAAUAAUCUCAAGUUUACCGCGGUUAGGCAGGAGACGACCCAUCUAUCUCAUAAAUGUCUAAAUUAGAUUGCUGGUCGCCUUUCUGAUGCAGUCUUAAAUUUAAGCCACAACCAAAUUGCGCCCAGGAUGACACGACGUGACGGCGGUGGAUUAAUUUAAUUUGGUCGCAAAGCUGACAAACCAAGAUUGAUAGGAUGUAAGAAAUGGUGGGAUGGCCCUAAGCGCUGGCGGUAGGCGGUUAGAUAGUCUUUGUAUAGAUUGUCCUGUCAAGGAGAAGAGAAGUGGAUAAGAUUGAGAAAUACCGAAGACACCGUCAAUGAUAAUCUAACCAGACCAGACUUUUAAUGGAGGUCAAAACUGUUAGAGUUUCACACGUCUUACAUGUACACAACGAUGUUUGUAGAAGGACUAUACUAGGAGUUAGCAAUAGAAGCCUCAGGUCAAGAAACUUAAAAUUCUAGUUCCACGUCGAAGGUAUACCCUUUUGAAUUUACUUAGGUUAGAAAAAAUAGCAAGACUCCGGGGCAUUUGCAGUAAUUGGUGACUGUUUUUGUCUUGCUACCUUUUUCCCCAUCAAAGCUCGACACCAAUCUGAUGGUAUUAUAUAUAAUGAGUCUGGGAAGGAUACAUAAUAGAUCUUGUUUGUGAGAUCACAAGAAGUCAUGAUCGUAAGGAUCAUUCGCCCCUCUCUUUUGUAAUGCUAUCUUGAGCUUAGGUAAUUGGCAACUGUUGCGUCUUGAUCCUUGCGAGGCUUCAGUCUCCCAGAUGAGUUGCUUACAUUGUGAACACACAGUAGAAGAGUAGCUGAGGUGGGUUGAACGCAAAGUAGAAGAAAAGUAUAACUCACAUCUUAAUCAAUCCAGCGCCUGUGAAAGCUUUCAUUGCUGAUGUAGAAACUAAGUCUUAUGGAUUUGAUUGCAGUCUAAUAAUGUCUUGUUCCAUCUCCCCACCCUUACUAAUUAUCACCCCCUAAGCCGACCAUGUAUCUCUGUUGAUCUUCUGCUUUACAUGGAUGUUCGAUGUUGGGGUUAUUGUGUUGACAUUCAUGUGAAGGACGGAGCAUAUUGAUGACAUAGCUGUUCUCGGUGUUAAUUGCAGUCUCAUCCUGGAUUCUCUUCAUAUGAUUGAUAUUCUCAACUUGUACCAAAAGGAUGCCCUUGUUAGGUCCUGUGGCACAAAGGGGACUGCAGUGAUCUAUCCUCUCUUGAUCUUGUUUUGACACAGUUGCUGUUGAUAUCGUUGAAAACAUGAAUAUACUGAUAUUUGUUCUGUUGCA